AUGUCACAGAGAAAGGCCAGAGGGUUGCCCACGAUGCCCAGAAUGGGGCAGAGCCCGGCGAAGGCCAGGCCGAGGUUGCUAGCAGGCACCGACAGGAGAAGGAGCCGCCUGAGCAGGAUGAGGCAGGACCUGUGGGAAGAGACCAGCUGGAGCAGCCCAAGGUGGAGCAGAGCCGCCCCUGCCCCAAGAGGGGCCAGGACCAGAAGCCUGGCUCGUGGCAGGAGCGAGGCCAGUCCUGAGAAUGCGGCGCGGGAGCGGAGCCGGGUCAGGACACUGCGCCAGGCCUUCCUGGCCCUGCAGGCCGCUCUGCCUGCCGUGCCCCCUGACACCAAGCUCUCCAAGUUGGAUGUGCUGGUGCUGGCCACCAGCUACAUAGCCCACCUCACCCGCGCACUCGGCCAGGAGUUGCCCGGCCCCGCCUGGCCACCCUUCCUGAGUGGACUCUGCUACCUGCACCCUCUCAAGAAGUGGCCCAUGCGGUCCCGUCUCUAUACCGGAGGCCUGGGGUGCUCUGGCCUUGACUCCACCACAGCCACCACCUUGGGCCAAAGAGCAAAGGAGGCUGAAACCAGGCCCAGAGCCUCUGGAGAGGCAGAUGCCCUCCUCCCCAUCAGACCACUCUCACCAGCUCAAGCGGACCAAUGACCCUCAUGCUCACCCAU